GCUGACUAAGGCAGUUAAUGUUCAUUAAAACAGAAAGAUAGGUUUAUUUUGUAUUUAUAAGGAUAUUUUUGGUCUAAAUUCUACACAUGGUGGAUCUUCAAGUGUUGGCUGUCUGAAGGCGGAUGUCACCGUGUUGUACAGAAUGUGGAGAGAUAUUACAGUAGCAGCGAUCCUCAUGUUACUGACAGGAGUUCAGGCUCAGCACAGUGUAACUCUCUCCUCUCAGAGUCUCUGUGUUGUUACUGGAUCUACAGUAAAAAUCCCCUGUACAUUUACACCUGGUCACUCCAGUGUCACACAGAGAGAGUGGUAUCGAGUCCAGAGCUCUGAAGGAGAACCACGAGACCUGAGGAAAGAUCCACAAUACUCAGGACGAGUGUUUGUAAGCACAGUGACGUCUGACUGUGAGCUGACAGUGUGGAAAGUGAGAGUGAGUGACUCUGGAGUUUAUAACUUCAGAUUUAAAACAUGGAGCAGUGACUGGAUAUCAGCCUCAUCUGGAGUUCAUCUGACUGUUAUAUACUUGCAGGUGAAGGUGGAUCCUAACACUGUAGUACAGAGAGAAGUGAAAGUGACCUGUAGCUCCACCUGCAGCAUCAACACAAGCCGUUUCUACUGGUACAUGAAUGACCAUUACAUCAGAUAUAGCAAAGACGCCUCCAUUGUCCUCGACUUGACCAGUCCUUAUGAUGAAGUCAGCUACUCCUGUCAGGUGUAUGAGAGUGAACACCGCUCUCCUCCAGUGUGUAAGUAUCAGAGUAAAUCUGUUCCUCAGCAUCAAACUGAAACCAGUAACUCAUAUUGCUGUCAUUAAAUCAUCAUGCUUUGCUUAUAUCAUUGUUUCUGAAAUGGUGCCUUAAUUUGAGAAAAGAAAGGUUUCUAAAUCAGUGAUGGUGUGGGAUAUCAUUUAAUACUUUAAUGAAUGAUUUAGUAAAUAAUUUAAUAAUAGAUCAGUUAAUAAAUUGUUGGUGCUGUACAACUGUAGUCAAAACACGUCACUUCCCUUCACAAUUCCACCUCAGAAUAUUUGCCUCCAUUUUCAGUAACACAGAGAAUAAACACAUCUGAGCUGCUAAGUGUUUAUAAAACAGAAAAUAUGGA